CACUUGUCAUGGAUAUUAUGAUGAUGAUUAUUCAAAAAGUUACAAAAAGAGGGGAGGUCAUCUUGACGCGAGACACAGUAAAGAAAAAGACAAAUGUGAGGUUGGACCAUGGGGUACUAAACCGUGGGUUGUAAAAGUCUCAGACUUAAUGUGGGAUUGUGAUGAUUAUAAAGGUUUUAAGCACCAGACUUGUAAAGGUGAAGAUAUUUAUAAAGACAUGGUAAAGACCUACGACCACGAUAAACUUCCGAAACGACUUAAAGACCAAGGACCACCAUCUGGGUUAUACCUGGUAAUUGUUGGAGAAAGUAAAGGACGCAAGCGUGCUACUUCCAUAUCAGCUGCUUCUAUUAAUGUAAAUAAUGAAGGAAACACAAUAGCACCUCCACCUCUUCAACCAGCUCCUCAACCAGCUCCUCAACCAGCUCCUCAACCAGCUCCUCAACCAUCUCCUCAACCAGCUUCUCAACCAGCUUCUCAACCAGCUUCUCAACCAGCUCCUCCGCCAGUUACAAUAACACAAUCUACAACAAGCACUACAACAAUUACAAUAACAGCAACUUCACCAACUGGAUAA